AUGCCUGAAUCAGUCGCUGAAACACUACACCUACCUAUUGAAGAGGUCUCCCUUGGUCUGGGACCUAGGGGGUUAUCCAGAAAGUUCUUGGAAGACAAGGCACGAGCCUUGGAGAAAGAGGGGAAAUGGCUUCCUUUCAGUGUCAUUCCGGCUCUACUGAUUUAUGGAGUCCUCCUGUUCCCAAAUGACGAUGACUACAUAAACCACUCCAUCAUCAGUGUGUUCGUGUUUGGGAAUCCUAUCCCUGCAUUGGUGUCUGAUGUGUACUACUGCUUACGCACUAGGCAUGAGAAGAGAAAAGGCGUCGUAUUGAGCUGUGCUUCAUUGUUGUAUACUUGGCUCCUAUAUCACAUGCCUCAGAAGGGGCCUUGGGUGGACUUCCUAAAAGAUUUGAGGUGGUCCCAGAAGUUUGCUUCCCUUACUGCCGAAGCUUUGGUUUGGUACCUCCCUACCUCCAACAUAGAUCAAGUUAUCAUGAGUUGUGGAGACUUCCCGAAUGUGCCACUCAUGGGUCCACGAGGUUGCAUCAAUUACAACCCUUCGUUGGCCCUGAGGCAAUUGGGAUGCCCGAUGGAGAAUGAACCUAGAGCUGAAUUACUGAAGGACUUCAUCUUGCCUGAUGUGGGAACAAAGAACCCAACUCUGUUGCAGAGGGUUAAGAGAGCCUGGACCCAGAUUCAUCGCAAAGGCAAAGAGCUAGGUAAAUAUGAUUGCCGAGCUAAAGAGCCGUACCACCAGUGGGUGGUGCAAAGGGCCAAAGAAGUCAAGCUGUCAUACAGUGUGGAUGUCCCAGUCCCUCCUCCAAAACCAGAGCCAGUACAUGCUUUUAAGGAAUAA